GUUCAGCAUUUUAUUCGUCUAUUUCCAAUUCUUGUGAUAGUUUGUUCCCUUUUAUAGCAUUCUAACAGUUUUUAAGCUCAGAAGAUAUACAGGAUCAUGGUAGAUUUACUGUAAGUUUUAAUUGUCUCCGAUCACGAACCUUCACCCCGGAACUACAUCAUUUCCAGUUUCAUUUUACAAUUUUGCGCAAUAUUUUACGUACGUACACGUAGACGUUGUUGAUGUAAACGCUCCUAACCUUGCAACUGAGCACCUGAGAUCUCCUUAGUAAGAACUUUUCCUGGUCGUUGUAGUUUUCAGCGGUGCUUUGAUAUUCCUAACGGACUCUUACAAAUAUGGCGAAGUUGUUUGAGCCACAUCCCUUAGAAAUGGAAAGGUCUUUGCUACACAGACGAGAAAAGGAUGCUGAACAUGGUUUAGUGGAUUAUAGUAAACUGCCUCGAUCUAGUGGAGAUGGUAUGGAAUUUUCAUCAAGCAAUUCAAGUGAUGGAAGCAGCUCUGAGGGUAGCGAAGAGAGUGACUCAUCACAAAGAAUUAACAAGUUAUUAUCUACUACUGGUGAAAGGCAAACCUUACUAAACCAUGCUACUAACGCUUCAACUGGAUUAAGAACUAAUGCUCAUUCAAAGAUCUUCAACGCCAACCACAGUAGCAUUCACACUCAAGUUCAAAAGCAGCAAGGAAAAGAAAUAACUAGUGUUUACCCUAGAUUAAUUCAAGCUAGUCAAUUACAGGAGGAUAGCGUAACUGCUACAACUAGAACACAAAGGGAACAGCUAAAUAAUGAUGGACACACUAAACCUACCAGUAUUCAGCGACGGAAUUCAACAAAUCUUCUUCUUCAAGGAACUGAACUUCCACUGUUAAACAGUCAGUUGGGAUUAUCACUGAGUGCCAAUGAUCAGCUUGUUUCAUUAGCCCCACCCGCAGUAAAUCUAGGCUUUGGAGAUGGUCUUUCUAAGUCAACUGUAGUGGAACAGAUGGCUGAGUUUAUUGACAGCCAGAAAGUCAUCAGUGAUCUUGAGGAACACAAUUCAAAGCUGGUUGAAGAGAAGACAAAACUUUCAGUGCAGCUGGGUGUCCAGACGAAGGUAAAUGCUGAGAUAAAGAGGUUGUUAGUGGCAUCAGUUGGGGAAGACAUUGGCAACAGGUUGGAGGACUUAGUCAACAGAAAUGUUCAACAAACUGUGGAACUUAAUCACUGGAAGAAGAUGUGCGAGGAAUACUCAGAAGAAUCGGACAGAUUAGAAAUUGAGUGUGAUGUAUGGAGGACAAAAUUCCUUGCAAGCAGAAUGAUGUCAGAUGAACUGUCCAGUUGGAAGGUAACCCUCUACACCAAAUUCAGGCAGGCUCAGAGUGCUUUACAGAGAUUACUUGAUGAGCGAAGUCAGCUUCAACAGUACCUCACUCAAACAAAGAGGUUAAUUCAGUCCGUGUAUUCAAUGUUAAAGAGUACAAGUGGUAAAUAUCAAGAUUCAUCCCAGUCUACAGUACACACCAAAGGUUUAAAUGAACAGAGUAUCUUGGAAAUGGCUUCCAUAAAUAGCUCUUUAGCUAAGGAGACCCUAGACCUCGCUCAGAAUGUUUUGCCAGCCUUCUCAUUGGCAGAGACAUCACUGUUAUUAACACACGAGUCACAGGAGACACUGGAACAGCUACAGAUGGAGCCAACAUCUGCUGAAAAACUGGCUUUACAGGUUUUGUCCAGUGAUGUCGACCUCCAAGCUGAAGAACAGCAACUAAGAGGUGUAAUGAAAAGAAUGUCUCAACAAUACAUGGGACAUGAUUAUCAAAGCCGGUUCUCCACCAGAAAUUUUCGAGUAACUUAUGAUUGUUGCGAUCGAUGCACUGGUACACUUCAUGUGGUGUAACACGUUAAUUGGCUCGUCACCAUGGUCUACUGAGCUCUCAUAUGGUUAGCACUAAACUCAAUCCCCUGAGUUUUAGUACUGUUAAGUGCUGAAUGUUACAAUGUGAUUAUUGACUGAGUUGGGGAUGUAACAAGCGAAAUACUGUGGGGAAUACUUGGAGAGUGAAUCUGCUGGGUCGGAGUAGAAAAUUGGCUCUUAAAGACAGUCAUAAAGACUAAAGUUGCUUUAUUUUAUUCCAUUUUAUUCUAUUUUAUUCUAUUUAACAAGUCUUUCAAAAGCGCACAAUUGAAUAAUUGUACAGUAGAAAGAAAAUAUAAACUAAAAUUAUUUAAUAUUUGGAAUGAAUUUAAACGUAGCUGAUGGAAUUGAAUUUUUAAAGAGAGCAAAAUAUUUUUGAAGCGUGUUUUGAAAUCGCCUCUGUACAUUUAUGAAAUAUACUGCGGCGACACCACACACUACAACUGCAUUGUAAAGAAAUGUUUUCUCGCAGUUAGAUUAACCUUAUAACAUGUCUACAGCUCAGCUGAACUCGUUUUUAAACUAAUAUUUGCCUGCACAAGGGCCUAGCUCUAUUAUCUACACCUCAAUUGAAGAAAUCAAUUCGACAUGAUGUUUCCACUCUACGCCGGAGAAAUUAGAAACGCAGCUUUAUUUCUACG